AACAAAAAGCCCAAUACGGCUGAUGAUGUCGCCAGAGAUGCAACCGCCUUUCAAAGGCCUCCGAUUUUUGUCCACCGGGCACUGUUGACUUCUUCUCUGUCUCUCUUAAAGAAUGGAUUCCUCUUCUGUUUCUUCUUCGUCAUCACGAAAUUCAGAAAAGCACGACCUCAAUCGCGAGAAGUUUCUUCUAAGGGUAAUUUGGCCGGCGAUACGAGGGCAAACCUGUCCAAUAUGUUUGAAAGAUCUCGGGGACCAUCGCAGAACUGCGGUGAUCACUGUUUGCUUGCAUGCCUACUGUUUGCGAUGCAUUCGGAAGUGGAGCGAUUUGAAGCGCAAGUGCCCUCUCUGCAACGCGGCGUUCGAUUCCUUAUUCUACAAGAUCAGUUUCUCAUCUCGAAAUUUCCUUACGGAGAAGUUACGUGCUUUAAAGGAGGGUAAAAUAGCCAUUGUUGAACCUGACUUCAGCUCCAGAGUUAGACAACAGAUGAUGCGAAGUAGGCCCUUGCCGUGGAGGCGAACAUUUGGGCGGCCAGGGUCUGUGCCUUCUGAUGUUAUUGCUGAAAGGAAGCUUCAAUGGCGAGCUAGUGUAUACAAAAGAAGCUUGCAAGCUGUUCCUUCAUCUCCUGAGCAGAAGGUAUCAAGAGAUGGCUACUUGAAAGAAAGAGUACUGCAGAAAAUAGAACCAUGGAUUAAAAGGGAGCUGCAGGCAAUCCUUGAGGACCCGGAUCCAUCUGUUAUUAUUCAUGUUGCAUCAUCACUUUACAUUGCAAGCCUUGAAGGAAACUUUGAUGUUCAAGCAGCACAACAUGGUGUUGAAGACAACUUUCUUGCACCUUUGCGACCUUUUUUGCAUAAUUGGACAAACAUGUUUUGGCAUGAAUUAAGAUGUUUUGCAGAAACUUCACUCGCUAUGGAAACAUAUGAUGCUGUGGUUACAUACAAACGGUUCAAUUAAGUCUACUUCAAAUCCUUUGAAGGGAAUUGCAGUCAACUUGAGCCUGGAGAACAAACGGAUCAAUUAAGUCUACUUCAAAUCACCUUUGAGGGGAAUUGCAGUCAAUUUUGGCUGGAGAGAAUCAAUCUGCAACAGGUGGACAGGGAGAUAAUUAUGUAGAAACUUGGGUCAAUUAAGAGAUCUUAGCAUCAACUUCGCUCUAGCUUCUAGUGUCUGUUAUUAGGUUGUUCAUCUUCUUGGACCGAGUUCCUUUCUGUCCCAAAUGAAGAUAGAAUUCACCAUUUAUGUGCUUGCUCAAUCCAAUCCCAAAUUGCGUGUAAGAGAAUGCUAAUGGUGCCAUGUAAGGAUACUUCAAAUUAUCCAUAUACGUAUUGCACGACCAGUUGACUGGAAUGGAUGAAAAUGCCUGUGCUGCAAGGCAAUGGACAAAAGUCACCAUUGUUAGGGAAAUGAAUUGCAGAGGGUGAAAGGAGGAAAUCUCCAUUAUCUGAAACUGUAGUUGCUUAUGCAAAACAACGGCUAACUGCUUCUCUAUAUACUGCUAUAAUUUUUCUUAUGACCUUUGAUGGCCUGGGGCAAUGCCAUUGAAUUACCGGCACACUGCUAUAAUAGUGGAUCCAGUCUCUUUGGUUCCGUUUUCUUUUCUUCGAAAUCUUGGUCCUUGACUAUAAGUGAAUAGCGUUCGAUGUGUGUCUCUCUAUAUAUAUAUAUAUAUAUUAGAUUUCUUA